CUACAUCGCAUCGAUCACCAUGGCCCUUCCUGCGGAGCAGCACGCUGCUUACGCUGUCAUCAUUGACCGUAUCCUCGCCAAGUCCGACCUCAAUACCAUUUCCGCGAAGCGCAUACGGAAGGAAUUGCAAGAUGAAGUCGGCGAGGACCUCACAGCUCAGAAGAGCGCAAUCACCGACCUUAUCAUGGAACGAUUCGAUAAAGCCCAGCAGAAGCUAGAGACGAGCAACGGCGUUGCAGAGCCCGCGCCGACCGCAAAUGGCACUGCCAAAGUAGAAGCAUCAAAUGGUGGCGCCGAUACAUCAACAUCACCUCCGCCCUCAGCCAAGCGCAAAGCCGAGAGUGAUGAGCCGAGUGAACUUGACGUUGCUUCUCCGGCACCGAAGAAGGCGAAGAAGAACAAGACAGGAGAGACAGAUGCGCAAUUAGCAGCGAGACUACAAGCAGAGCUCAACGCCGUCACAGGGCGAUUAACAAGAGGCGGAGGUGCCAAGCGCAAGCAGCCGAUCAAGAAAGAGAAGAAGACCAAGAAGAAGAGCUCAGCUAAAGUCAAUAGCGAUGACGACAGCGAAGUCGAGAGCGGCGAGCCGAAGCCAGAAAGAGAGAAGAAGGGAGGCUUUCACAAACCCAUGAACCUCUCAGCCCCCCUCUCUGAGCUGCUGGGAGAAACCCAGCUCUCGCGACCACAAACCGUCAAAAAAAUCUGGGAAUAUGUCAAAGAACGAGACCUGCAGAAUCCAAAAGACAAACGCCAAAUCAUGUGCGACGAGAAGAUGCAAGCGGUUUUCAAGGGCGAGAGCGUGCAUAUGUUCACCAUGAACAAACUUCUAGCCAACCACUUGUACCCGGUCGACGAGGUCAGCUAGUCGUGCGCGCAGAAAUAGGGUCAGGACACCACGGCUUAAAGGACCAGCGCACCAUUCGAGGGAUAAUUUUUGACCAGUUUGAUUUUUGAACUACCAGCCCAUUAGGCCAGCGAGGAGUUUUGCGAAUCUUGUACUUGACAUGGAUGGAUGGUGCUUCGGAAUCUGGAAAGUAUAGGCGGGACUCGGAUCAGGUGGGCUGGGGUGGUUAGACAUAUAUGUCAAUACGGGGCGAGAGAAGCUUCGCAGAGGGCAGGAAGAAAGAACGAAGAGCACAGCUGGAAUGGAAAAGAAAAAGAAAAAGGCCGAAUA